GACAUAUUGUGUUGUGCUGCAGCAAGUUAGCAUUUCAUUGUCCUAUCUGGGACAUAAUGACAAUAAAACACCCUUAACCGGGAAUGUCGUGGAGCAGCGGGAUCUAGGAAUAUAACUAGAUAAUUCCCCGAAGUCAAUAUUCUAUGUGCAGCCUCACCAAUGUCUUGUGCAAUUUGGGUGUAGCUCCCUUUCGGGAUGUUCUGUGUGCUUCUGAUAAGGUUCAUAACCUCCGCCCCUUUCUCACUAGUCUCUCCGGAAUAUACUGCCUCCCGUUUGAGCAUUUUCCAGAGAGUUGUGGAUUUGUACAGAACGUGUAAAACUGCAUUGAGGUGGGAGAGAGGGGGAAAGAGAGAGAUCCGCACUGCUAAUGGAGAAGAGGGAGCUGCGGGAGAACAGGGAAAGCAACUCAAGGGGAGAAAGUGGGGUGGGGAGAAUAUGUCCACAUGUGAUAUAGCCCAUGUUCCCCCUCUCGAAGAACGCAUGGAGGAAGGGAGGGACCUACACUUAUGUACAACACUCAGAAUCGAACGGAAGGACGUUGGGGAAACUGGAAUGAUCUUUCUCACAUCGACCUUGGUGAACACACAAUGUCAUCUUCUAGAGCUUUGGUUAGACAACAUCGGGAUGAAUGAAAGAGAACUGCAGGUUAUGUUUCAAGUCUUUAGUCAGAAUCGAUCCGUGAAGGUUCUCAGUCUUUCCAACAAUAUUCUCACUGCUAGAGGGUUGAGAAGGAUUGGGGAGGGUCUUUCAAAUAGACGUUCCCCACUUCUGAGUCUUCGCCUCAUGAGCUGUUCGCUUGGCCGACCCCAGGCCGCCUCCCUGGUAACGGUGCUGAGGUCAACUCCCUCGCUGACCUCCCUCAACCUCGACAACAACCCCCUCGGCGACGCCGGGCUGCGGAUCCUCGUCCCAGCCCUUGCCUACCCGGGCUCCAGGCUCCGGACCCUCAGGCUGUCCACAGCGGGUUUAACUGCGGCUAGCGGCCGUGAGAUCGGCUCCAUUCUCCGCGGGAACGCCAGGCUACGCACGCUGGCCCUGAAUUACAACCGGUUGCUGUCGGAGGGAGUGCGGGGGAUGUGUAGCGUUCUCCCCGGGACGAGAUCGCGACUGAUGAGGCUGGAGCUGGAGGAGAACAGACUAGACGACAGAUGUUCACACCAACUCGCUGAAUCGUGCAACGCUCAUCUCUCGCUGACCGCUCUCUGUCUCAGUCGCAACUCAUUCACCAACCACGCACUCCCUUCGUUCCUCAGACUGUGCGGUGUCUCCCCAUGUCUGCGGUACCUCUGGCUCAGUCGGAACAGCAUCAGCUUCGAAGGAGCGAAUAGCCUCCAGGACAGCGUGCCGGCCAGGGUGACUGUAUUUGUCUAGCGCCUGGAAUGUUGGAUUGACAAAUUUGUAACUAUAGCCCUUCCCAUUGUAAAAGAACAGGUGGGGGGCAUGGUGGCACAGCGGUAGAGUUGCUGCCUUACAGCGCCUGAGACCCGGGUUUGAAGCUGAUAUAGCUGCUGGCUGUGAGGAAUUUGUCCAUUCUCCCCGUGAAUUCAUCAGUCUGAAGAAGGGUCUCGACCCGAAACGUCGCCCAAUCCUUCUCUCCAGGGAUGCUGCCUGGCCCGCAGAGUUACUCCAGCAUUUUGUGUCUUCCUUUGAUUUAAACCAGCAUCUGCAGUACUUUCCCACACACCUAUAUAUAUAUAUAUAUAUAUAGAAAAUAUCCCUUAGUUAGAGAUUAGUCAGCACGCAAACAGGCCUUCACCCCAACUUUUCCAUGCCAACCUAUACGAGUCUCACGAUGGUCAAGAAGGCUUUUGGCACAUCGGCCUUCAUCAGUCAAGAUAUAAAAGUUGGGAGGUCACGUUACAUUUGUACAAGACGUUGAUGAGGGUCACACUUCGAGUAUUGUGUUCAGUUUUGCCUGGACUCGAGGGGGCUGAGCUACAGAGAGGUGGGGCCCUGCGAGGACUUUCAUCCUUGGAGUGCAAGAGGCCGAUGGGGUCGCAGGAGGCUCCUAUAGAGGUUUGAGGUGGGAGGUAGGAAAUGAAAGAUUCAAUAGGAACCUGGAGUUCAACGUUUUCACGCGGUGAGUGUAUGGAACAAGCUGCCAGAUGUAUUUUUGGACAGGAACACGGAUAGGACAGGUUUUGAGUGCCUAACAUGAGCAGUUGGGACAAGUGUAGAUGGGACAUGUUGGUCGGCCUAUGCGAGUUAGACCCAAGGAUCUGUUUCUAUGCUGCACAUCUCUAAGUCAUGCCGCACCCCGGCCAUUCCAUCUUAGAAACAUAGAAACAUAGAAAUUAGGUGCAGUAGUAGGCCAUUCGGCCCUUCGAGCCUGCACCGCCAUUCAAUAUGAUCAUGGCUGAUCAUCCAACUCAGUAUCCCGUACCUGCCUUCUCUCCAUACCCCCUGAUCCCCUUGGCCACAAGGGCCACAUCUAACUCCCUCUUAAAUAUAGCCAAUGAACUGGCCGCAACUACCCUCUGUGGCAGAGAGUUCCAGAGAUUCACCACUCUCUGUGUGAAAAAAGUUCUUCUCAUCUCGGUUUUAAAGGAUUUCCCCCUUAUCCUUAAGCUGUGACCCCUUGUCCUGGACUUCCCUAACAUCGAGAAUAAUCUUCCUGCAUCUAGCCUGUCCAACCCCUUAAGAAUUUUGUAUGUUUCUAUAAGAUCCCCUCUCAAUCUCCUAAAUUCUAGAGAGUAUAAACCAAGUCUAUCCAGUCUUUCUUCAUAAGACAGUCCUGACAUCCCAGGAAUCAGUCUGGUGAACCGUCUCUGCACUCCCUCUAUGGCAAUAAUGUCCUUCCUCAGAUUUGGAGACCAAAACUGUACGCAAUACUCCAGGUGUGGUCUUCUCCCUGCUCCCGUCUGGCGAAAGGUACAGAAGCUAGAAAGCGUGCACCACCAGCCUCGAUAGCAGCUUCUUCCCUUCUCUAAUCAGAUUCCUGAAUGGUUGUUCCUGAAGCUCGGAACAAGGCCCGAUCAUCCAGCUGAUGCAAUUAUCAUUCUGCACUUUUCUCCAGAAUUUGUCAUGAAUCAACGAAUAAAAACACAUUCUUCUUUUGACUCAGUUCUAUACUAUUGUGUGACUAGAUUGUACUCAAGAAUGGUGUAGUUAUAACUCUCGUCCCCUCCUCACCGGCCCCUACAUUCCUCUUACCAUCUCUGCAACCCCCUCCUCUCCGGCCGCUUCACCCCUCUCCAAUAACGACACUAUGGAGAGAGAGAAAGGAUGCAUUGCCCGGUAUUUUGGGAUAUAUUUCCAUUCAAUCCUCCCACUUUAGACGUCGACUAGAUCUUUCAAAAUCCCUGAAUUCGGGAAUUGCACGCCUUUAGAGAAUUGGUAUAGCAGAUCUCCUUA